UUGCAGGUAUCUGAAAUUAAAAGAAUCAACAACUUAAUACAAGAUCAAGAAUUUUAUGCCCUUAAAGUGAUUAAAGUUCCUAUGACAAAAUAUGGCAUACUAUCUGAGCAGUUUGGCACCCAAGAUCAAGUCUUAAAACAUCCUAGGAAUGUUAAAAAUCAAUCAAGCAACUCAUUUCUUAGUGAGGAUCAAGAUUUAUUAGACCAUUUUAAUGAAAGUGACUCACAGCAUGAUUUUAGUGAUCCUGAAACUCAAAUAAAAGUUUUAAGGACGUUAAGUAUAAGAGAUAACUUAACAUCUGAUGACAAGGAGGCUGAAAAGUUUCUUCAGAAAAUGGAUGAGGAUUUAAACAAAUUAAAACAAUCAUCUCGUGGUGAAAGAGAAUCACUCACUGAAGUGAUUUCAAUAUUAACUAAUAAAAGCAUUCACCCUUUAGAGACAAGCAAGCCCAUUAGUAAGGGCAAUGGGGCAGACUGUGGAAUAAGUUGGUGGUCAAUUCUUAUAGCAUCUCUUGCCAUAGCAGUCAUAGCUCCUUUG